AUGAUGAAGCGUUCGCUAUCGGCAGAUAUGAAAUGCAAACUUUCCAAUGCCGGAUGGGAUUUCGGACACAGCAGGGACCCUAAGAAGAUGUAUGAUUUAAUUCGUAAGAUUGCUCAAAAUGGACAAGACGGCGAGAGCGACACGGCUUCCAAACCACCGUCGCCACUAGAGUCAAAUGCUGUAGUAGACGAUCUUACCAAGGAAAUAGAGUUGAUAGAGAAGGAAGAUGGCGAGGAGGACUGGACUGCCGUCGAAGUACCGUCUAAAGAGCCACCUCCCGAGUCAAUUCAGGAUCGCGUUGUACGUGUAUGGAACGACCUACGAGACUUAACAGCUUAUUAUGAUAUCGAUGGCUCCGCAUCACGGAAUGCAAGGCUGGAAACAUUCUACCAAGAUGAACUUGCAGACCUCGAAAGACAGCCUUUCGACUCCUACUCUUCACAGGAUGAUAGGGUCGACCAUCUGCUACUUCGGAACUACCUACGGCGCGCACGACGCACACUUGAGCUCGAUAAGGCUCGAGAUGCCAAGUUUACAGCCUUCAUUGAACCGUUUGCUACUCCCAUUACGACAUGGUGCGAACAGCGCCGGCGUGUCGAGCCGAUUGAUCCAAAGGCUCUUGCUGAUAGCCUUACUGCGACGGAGAAGCUUAUCUUCGAGGCUCGAGAUCACGUCAGUCACAAUGCUGGCAAGUACUCGAAGGCUACUGGACAUCGUGCCGUCCGCAGGGUCGCAGCUCUACGAAAAAAGCUCGCGGAGACGUACUCUUUCUACAAGGAUUACGACCCCCUAUUCGACUGGUGGGUCACGGAGCCUUAUAAACGCCUCGAUGUGGCUCUUGGUGGAAUUGUAACUCUCCUACGCGAGGUUCUGGUAGGCGUAAAACCCGGUGAUGAAGAGACCAUCGUUGGAGAACCCAUUGGACGCGACGGCCUGCUGAGUGAUCUCGAAGCUGAGAUGAUCCCAUACACACCCGAAGAACUUUUACGUAUCGCGGAGAAGGAAUAUGCAUGGUGCGAAGCGGAGAUGAUCAAGGCAUCGCAGCAACUCAACUUUGGAACGCACUGGCGCAGCGCCCUCGAGCACGUCAAGAACUUGUACGAACCACCGGGAGCAUACCCAGCUUUCAUCCGGUCGCUCAUCAACGAGGGUGCCGCGUAUGUCAAAAAACACGAUCUUGUAACGGUACCGCGCAUCGCCGAGGAGGCUAUCCGUAUGACUAUGAUUGAAGCAGAGCGGCAGAAGGUGUCGCCGUUCUUCCUCGGUGGCCCGACUAUGCAAAUGUCUUAUCCUACGCGGGAUAUGGCACACGAGGCCAAGCUCAUGUCGCUGCGCGGUAACAACCGGCACUUUGGGCGAGCGACAGCCUUUCACGAGAUGAUUCCAGGUCAUCACUUGCAGAUCUUCAUGGGAGAACGGCACCAUCACUACCGCCGCGCGCUUUUCGACACCCCCUUUUUCGUCGAGGGGUGGGCACUCUACUGGGAGAUGGUACUCUGGGAACGAGGCGACUUCUUCGUGAGCGCUGAAGAUAAGAUUGGCUCGCUGUUCUGGCGUAUGCAUAGGUGCGCGCGGAUUCUGUUUUCUGUACGUUUCCACCUAGGCCAAUUAGACGCACGGCAGUGUGUUGAUCUCCUCGUCAACAAGGUAGGUCACGAGCGCGCAACGGCUGAAGGCGAGGUCCGACGUAGUCUUGGCGGCGACUAUUCGCCUCUAUACCAAGCCGGCUAUAUGCUUGGAGCGCUGCAACUGAUGCGUCUGCGAAAGGAGGCCCUAGGAGAUGGGCACGGGAAGAUGCGCGAGAAGGAGUUCCACGACCGGGUCUUGCGCGCUAAUGUCAUGCCUAUUGAGAUGCUUAGAGCAUUGGUUCUGGAUAAGGAGCUUAAGAAGGAUUUCAAGUCGGGGUGGAGGUUUUAUGAGGAUAAGCUAUAG